AUGGGCCCCGAGGCCACCUGCCCGUGGAGCGGCCCCCUGCCUCGCCUCCGGGUGAGGACCUUGAUCGAGCCCGUGGUGGCGUCCACGCAGGUGGCCGCCUCCCUCUACGAGGCGGGGCUGCUCCUCGUGGUGAAGGCGUCCUUCGGAGCCGGGGCCUCCUCCAACCACAGCGCCAGCCCGUCGCCCCGGGACGCUCUGGAGGACGAACAGCAGAGGGCCAUCUCCAACUUCUACAUCGUCUACAACCUGGUGGCGGGCCUGACGCCCCUGCUGUCCGCCUACGGGCUGGGCUGGCUCAGCGACCGCUACCACCGCAAGAUCUCCAUCUGCGUGUCCCUGCUGGGCUUCCUGCUCUCCCGCCUGGGGCUGCUGCUCAAGGUGCUGCUGGACUGGCCCGUGGAGGUGCUGUACGGGGCGGCGGCACUGAACGGGCUGUGCGGCGGCUUCUCCGCCUUCUGGUCGGGCGUCAUGGCCCUGGGAUCCCUCGGCUCCUCCGAGGACCGCCGCUCCCUGCGCCUCAUCCUCCUGGACCUGAUCCUGGGCCUGGCGGGAUUCUGCGGGAGCAUGGCCUCGGGGCACCUCUUCAAGCAGAUGACUGGGCACCACUCGGGGCAGGGCCUGGUGCUGACGGCCUGCAGCGUGAGCUGUGCCACUUUUGCACUUGUGUACAGCCUCUUGAUACUGAAGGUCCCCGAGUCGACGGCCAGUCCCAGGACGGCACUCCCCGCUGUGGAUACGGUGUCAGGCACAAUUGGCACGUAUCGUACCCUGGAUCCCGAUCAGUCAGACAAGCAGGGUGUGGAGGGGUACCCUCCAUCUCCCGGGAAAGCAGUGCCCAAAAAGACUGUCAUCGCCCUGCUCUUUGUGGGUGCCGUCAUAUAUGACCUGGCAGUGGUGGGCACCGUGGACGUGAUGCCCCUUUUUGUGCUCAGGGAGCCUCUCAGGUGGAAUCAAGUGCAGGUGGGCUAUGGUAUGGCAGCCGGGUACACCAUCUUCAUCACCAGCUUCCUGGGCGUCCUGCUCUUCUCCCGCUGCUUCCGGGACACCACUAUGAUCGUGAUUGGGAUGGUCUCCUUUGGGUCGGGAGCCCUCCUCUUGGCUUUCGUGAAAGAGACAUACAUGUUCUACAUCGCUCGAGCUGUCAUGCUGUUCGCUCUCAUCCCCGUCACAACCAUCCGAUCGGCAAUGUCCAAACUCAUAAAGGACUCCUCUUAUGGAAAGGUGUUCGUCAUCCUGCAGCUGUCCCUGGCUCUGACUGGGGUGGUGACGUCCACGGUGUACAACAAGAUCUAUCAGCUCACCAUGGAGAAGUUCGUGGGCUCCUGUUUUGCUCUCUCCUCCUUUCUCUCCUUCCUGGCCAUCAUCCCGAUUGGCAUCGUGGCCUACAAACAAGGCUCAUGA